GUCACCGCAAACAUGUCCAGUAUACGCGAUAAGUCCGCCAUAUCACGUAACUCCAAUUAUCAGCAAGACGUUCGAUAUGUUUUCAAGUUGAAUAACUGGAUUAUGGGGUCGCUCGGUAUUUGGCCAAUCGCGAUACGAGGCAUUGGAAAACACAUGUCCAAGAUUGCAAUCGCGAUCUUUAAUUUUGCGUUGAGCUUCGCGAUAGUGCCUUGCGCUCUGCAUAUCAUUUAUGACCAAAAGGAUCUCGACGUAAGGCUGCGCCUAAGCGGUCUUCUAGCCUUCUGUCUCACCGUAAUGACAAAAUACUGCAUCUUCGUGAUACAUCGCCCUAAGAUAUAUCGUUGCAUCGAAUACGUGAAGAACGAUUGGUGGCAGGUGACAUUCAAGUCCGAUCGCGAAUUGAUGCUGAAGUACGCUACCACCGGUCGCAAUCUGACGAUAAUCGGCAUGUGUUUCAUGUACACUGCUGGCAUCAUUUAUCACUUGAUUCUACCGUUCUGUGUUGAGCACAAAAUCAACAAUCAAACCAUCAGACCGCUCGUGUAUCCGACCUAUAGUAAAUUUACUCAAUCACAAAUUAGUCCUAUAUACGAAAUUGUAUAUGUGGCUCAUUGUAUGUGCGGAUAUACAAUAUAUUCGUUAACAGCUGGUGCGUGCGGAUUGGCUGCUUUGUUUGUCACUCAUGCGUGUGGCCAAAUCCAAGUGAUUAUGUCGCGAAUGGAAAAUCUCUUAAACGACGAAAACCCAAAUAUUCAUCAACAAAUCGCUAUCAUCGUGAAGGAUCACGUCCGCAUAGUAAGGUUUUCAGCUGUGAUAGAGGAAGUUUUACAAGAAGUAUGUUUAGUAGAGUUUAUUAGUUCUGUAUGCAUAAUAUGUCUACUUGAAUACUACUGUAUAGUGGACUGGAAAGACGACAAUAAGAUUAGCUUAGCAACUUAUUUCUUGCUCUUUAUUUCAUUCUGUUUCAAUGUAUACAUAUUGUGCUAUAUUGGCGAACUUCUCAUGGAAAAGAGCAUUGAAAUUGGAUCAAUGUGUUAUAUGAUCAAUUGGUAUCAAUUAUCACCAAGAUCUGUUCGCAGUCUUAUAUUGAUAAUCGCUAUGUCCAGCCAUCCUAUAAAACUUACAGCUGGUAGAAUGGCAAAUCUGUCAUUAACGACUUUUGGAAACGUACUAAAAACGAGCGUGGCGUAUCUGAGCUUCCUGCGGACAUUAGCUAUGUAA